CGCCCCCGGAGCCCGAGAGGGCGCGAUCGAGGCUAUAACUCCCCGCACCGGCCCGCCGCUCCCCAGCGCGGUUCCGCUCUCCUCGGCACCGCACUCCUUCCGCUCCCUACCGGUCGGAGCUGCCGACUUGCCCCUGCCCUUCUCCAGGCUUGCACCGUCCCGCCGAGCUAAGGCUGCGCUGCCGACGCCAGUGAGAGAAAGAAAGAGAGAGAGAAAGAGGGGGGUGGGGUGUCAGUGCGUAGAGUCAGUCAGUCCGUCUGUCAGUCAGUCCGUCUCAACGCGCGGGCUGUUAGGAAGUGCGGAUAAAGUCAGGGGGAACAUCCCCAGCGGCUGCCCUCCUGCUCCGCAGAAGUGAGGAAGGCGCCUCGGGAAAGGGGGUGUAGGGGCAACAUGACGGCGUGGCUGAGUUUCCUCGUCGUGUUCCUCUGCAGCUGGAGCCUGCGGGACUUGGUGGUGGAGGCUUGCACUUGCGUCCCCAUCCACCCGCAGGAUGCCUUCUGCAACUCCGACAUCGUGAUCCGAGCUAAAGUUGUGGGGAAGAAGCUCAUGAAAGACGGACCAUUUGGAACGAUGCGAUACACAGUCAAGCAGAUGAAGAUGUACAGGGGCUUCCAGAUAAUGCCACAUGUUCAGUACAUCUACACAGAAGCCUCUGAGAGCCUUUGUGGAGUCAAGCUUGAAGUCAACAAGUACCAAUAUCUGAUUACAGGCCGUGUGUAUGAAGGGAAGGUGUACACUGGCCUGUGCAACUGGUAUGAGAAAUGGGACCGACUGACGUUGUCCCAGCGGAAAGGCCUCAAUCAUCGCUAUCAUCUGGGCUGUGGAUGCAAGAUUAGGCCCUGCUACUAUCUGCCCUGCUUUGCCACCUCCAAGAAUGAGUGUAUUUGGACAGACAUGCUCUCCAACUUCGGGCACUCAGGAUACCAAGCAAAGCACUAUGCCUGCAUCCAGAGGGUGGAAGGUUACUGCAGCUGGUAUAGAGGAUGGGCACCUCCAGAUAAAACGAUAAUCAAUGCCACAGAUCCCUGAGCACACUACCCCUUCCUUAUCUCCCCUCUCCCUUACUUGUGGCUGAUCUUCCUUUGGACACUAACUCUUACCAGAUCAUGAUGAUGACAAUGAAAUUAGUGCCUGUUUUCAUGCAAAUUUUAGCACUUCGAACACUUAAAAAAGAAAAGGAAAAAAAAAACAACCAACCAAACAACAAAACAAACAGGAGAAAAAAAAAUCUGUGCUACCUUACUGAAUUUGUAAUCACAUUUUCCAUUUUUUGAUACCACUCAUUUUGAUCAGACGACAUUUGGGAGCUUACUUUUGCACACCAGAGGGAAAAAUGGGAGGA